CGGGGCCCGGGCCAGGAGGCAAGCAAAGGCUACCAAGAGGAAACACCGCGCGUCCAGUGAAGCUCCCCCAGCAAAACGGAGGGAUGAAAUGUCGUUUCUGUCGGCCAAGAAAACUAGUGUGAAAGAAACUCAAAGGACUUUCAAGGGAAAGUUGCAAAAAAAUUUUUCUCCCAAGAAGCAUUUGGUUAACACUGGUGACAGAAAGCAAGAGGAGAAACCAUGCAUUAAGACUUCAUCGUUGUUUAAAAACAACCCUGAAAUCCCAGAACUCCCCAGACCUGUGGUAAAGCAGGCGCGAGAGCAAGUGUUCACUCCCGAGGCUUUCCAGGAGCUGGGCCUCCACCCUCAUCUAGUUUCUACAAUAAACACAGUCUUAAAAGUAUCCAGUAUGACCAGUGUUCAGAAGCAAAGUAUUCCUGUGUUGCUGGAAGGCCGAGAUGCCCUCGUGCGGUCCCAGACGGGCUCAGGUAAAACGCUUGCCUAUUGCAUCCCGGUGGUCCAGUCCCUUCAAGCAAUGAAGUCAAAAAUACAGCGCAGCGACGGUCCCUAUGCUCUGGUGCUGGUGCCAACGAGGGAGCUCGCUCUACAAAGCUUUGACACUAUCCAGAAACUGCUUAAGCCAUUCACCUGGAUUGUGCCUGGAGUGUUGAUGGGUGGAGAGAAGAGAAAAUCAGAAAAAGCCAGACUCCGCAAAGGAAUAAAUAUCCUCAUCUCAACUCCUGGACGGCUGGUGGAUCAUAUAAAAUCCACAAAGAACAUUCAUUUUAGCCGGAUUCAGUGGCUGGUCUUGGAUGAGGCAGACAGAAUCUUGGAUUUGGGUUUUGAAAAGGAUAUCACUGUGAUCCUCAAUGCUGUAAAUAACGAGUGCCAGAAGCGGCAGAACGUCUUGCUGUCGGCCACACUCACAGAAGGUGUGACACGGCUAGCAGAUAUCAGUUUACACAAUCCAGUCAGCAUUUCUGUCAUGGACAAAAGCAAUGACCAGUCCACCCCACAGGGCAGAGCAGUCCAGGACGCUGGUCCUCCACAGACCAUCGACAGCUUUGCGAUACCAGAGAGUCUCGAGCAGCAUGUGACCUUGGUCCCCAGCAAGCUGCGCCUAGUCUGCCUAGCGUCCUUCAUCCUACAGAAAUGCAAGUUUGAGAAGGACCAGAAGAUGAUUGUCUUUUUCUCCAGCUGCGAGCUGGUGGAGUUCCACUACAGCCUCUUCCUUCAGACCCUGCUGAGCCACACAGGGGCCCCCGCGUUGGGGCAGGCGCCAUCUGCCUCCACACGAUUAAAAUUCCUGCGGCUGCAUGGCAACAUGGAGCAGGAGGAAAGAACAGCAGUGUUUCAGGAAUUCUCACAUUCCAAAGCAGGCGUCCUCCUUUGCACGGACGUUGCAGCUCGGGGCUUAGAUCUCCCGCAAGUCACGUGGAUUGUUCAGUACAAUGCUCCGUCUUCACCUGCGGAAUACAUCCACCGGAUUGGAAGGACUGCCCGGAUUGGCUGCCAUGGGAGCAGCCUGCUCAUUUUGGCGCCUUCGGAGGCAGAAUAUGUCAACUCGUUGGCUUCUCACAAAAUCAACAUUUCUGAGAUUAAGAUGGAGGAGAUUCUGUCCAUUCUGGCGCGGGAUGAUUGUUUUAAAGUGAGGCGGAAGGAAAAUCGGAAAUCCCAUGCUGUUGGCCCCCAGGAAAUCCGAGAGCGAGCCACGGUCUUACAGACCGUAUUUGAAGAUUACGUGCACUCCAACGAGAGGACGGUCUCCUGGGCCAAAAAAGCUCUGCAAUCCUUCAUCGGAGCCUAUGCCGCCUACCCCAGGGAGCUGAAGCAUAUCUUCCAUGUGCGAUCCCUCCACCUCGGCCAUGUGGCUAAGAGCUUUGGGUUGAGAGAUGCUCCCAAGAACCUCGGCGUGUCGGCCAGGAAGAGGAGGAAAGCAAUGCCAAAAAGGCCUGACCUUCGCAAGAAGCCACGGCAUAAACAGCGCCUCGCUGAGGUCCUCCGCUCGGAAUACUCAAGUGGGCUGGAGGCCGGCGGCGCCAAGGUCAGGAGGCGGAGCGCACAGGAGGCCGGCAGCCGCACCGUGGGAAAGAUCCAGUAGAUCCUCCCCGAACCACAGAAGCCCAGAGAGGCCGACAGAAGGACACCAGGCCUCCCAGAAGGUUUUUUAAAUCCCGCUCCACAGGACUGGUCUGAGUGGUCCUAGAGGCCCCGGCAGCACUGGGUGGAUGUCUUCUCACCUGAAAAAUACCUGUGACACCUUGUGAGCACUAAGUCUCCAGGACGCCUGGGGGCCAGGCGGAGCCCAGGUUAGAAGGAGUGGCAUGGGCCACAGGCACAGUGGCAGGCAGCACUGACUACGGAAAGAGGUCGCACGCAGCCGUCAGGACCAGGCCCACCUGGCACCCAGUGUCCUGAGCGUGGGGCGGCCCACCUUGACUACAGCCCUGUGCGUGUGUGGAUUGCGUGACUCUUGUAUAGCAGGGUGUUAAAACUGGAUUGGAAUUUGAACCAAAAAAAGAAAAUGUAUUUGUCAAGUA